AUGUUCUACGCCACCAUCACGGUGCGCGAGCACCUCCUGUACCAGGCCAGGCUCCGUAUGGGGCCGCAUACCACCGCCGAGCAGCACGAGGAGAGGGUCGACACGGUGCUGGAGGAGCUGGGGCUCGCCAAGUGCAGGGACACGCUCAUCGGCGGCAUCCGCGUGCGCGGCAUCUCGGGCGGCGAGCGCAAGCGACUGUCGUUCGCGACCGAGAUCCUGACGAACCCGUUGCUGCUGUUCGUGGACGAGCCCACGUCGGGGCUGGACAGCUACAUGGCGGAGGCGGUGAUGGUUCAGCUGCAACAGUUGGCUCGAGAGGGGCGCACGGUGAUCACCACCGUCCACCAGCCGUCGUCCGAGCUCUUCACGCUCUUCGACACGCUCUACCUGCUGUGCGACGGAGUGACGGUGUAUAACGGCAAGGCGAGCGAUGCGGUGGCGUACUUUGCCGAGCUGGGCUACCAGUGCCCU